AGAGAGAGUGGAGUAGACUUCAGGAAGGACUCCAGUGAACUACCUCGAGCACCCUCACGGACUCAUCAUCAUCAUUAUUAUCAUUCACGCAUCGUCUCCAAAUUAGCGGUAAACCCAAGGCUGGAUGCGCUAAAUUGCGCGAUUGGCACAGGUCCGAUCCUCGCGUUCCAGAGUUCCACAGCCGCCGCGCGCAUCACAGUUCCAGUCCAUCCAGGAUGACCGCGGUUCUGGACAGCCUCGGCUCGGAUAUGCACUCGAACCACCUUACCUCCAGCACUUUCGGCGGCGUGCACAAGGCGCAAGACUCGGCCACGUUAGCGGCAUCCACGGCCGGUGAUGGCGCAUUCUACAGCGUUCCCCAGACCGGGCACUGCGCCUCGGCAGCCUACGCGCCUCUCACCACCUACCCCUACCAUCCAGCAGGAGUGGGCAACGUUCACUACAGCCCCAAGGCUUACGACAUGGGACUGGGAUCCUCUUACAGCGCGUACGGAACCUACGGAGCCAGCACUUCACCCACACCUACGGAGCCAGAGAAAGACGAGAGCGAGCCGGAGGUGCGCAUGGUGAACGGAAAGCCAAAGAAAGUCCGGAAACCACGAACCAUCUACUCGAGCUUCCAGCUGGCCGCGCUCCAGCGCCGCUUCCAGAAGACCCAGUACCUGGCACUGCCCGAGAGAGCCGAGCUGGCCGCCUCACUGGGGCUUACACAGACUCAGGUGAAGAUAUGGUUCCAAAACCGCCGCUCCAAGUUCAAAAAGUUAUGGAAAAAUGGAGAGAUCCCCACAGAGCAGCACCUUUCCUCGGGCGACUCCCCUCCUCCAGCUUCGCCGCCGCCUCCUCCUCCACCACAGGCAUCCUGGGAUUUCCCACCACAUCAGUCUCAAAGCGACGUAGACCCGAGCGCAGAGCCCGCGCCCCCCAACACCACAGCCCCGGCCUUCCUCAGCUCCUACCCCUGGUACUCCAGCACGAACACACACUUACAAGCCCUACAGCCCCUCACACAGCACCAGCCUUCGGUCCAGGCCAUGGGCGCGGGGGCUCUGUUCUGACCGCUGGUGCUGCGGGACAUUGUCGGACUUGUGCGCAAAAACGAGCGCAGGAUGGACAAAAAAAUAAAUUAAUAAAAUCCGCGAAAAAGGGUCAAUAGCACUCUGUGCUGUUUUUUUAAAUGCAUUUUUAAUGUAAAAUUGAAUUCUGCUGAACUUUUUUCUCAAAGUUUUAUUAUCCUUCAUUUUCUUUCAUUUCCAAAAAAAAUUUAAAUAUCUAUAGAUACAGCUUUGGAAAAAAAAAAUUAAGAGACCACUUCAGUUUCUGAGAUUCUCUGAUUUUGAUAUUUAGCGGUAUAUCUUUGAGCAAAAUGAACAUUGUUGUUUUAUUCUAUAAACUACAAACAACAUUUCUACCAAAUUCCAAAUAAAAUAAUCCACCAAAGCACGUUCUCCUCCACCAGUCUUGCACACUGCUUUUGGAUAACUUUAUGCUUUAUGUUUCAUGGUUUGUGUUCAUUCAUCUUCCUCUUGAUUAUAUUCCAGAGUUUUUUUCAUUUGGUAAAAUCACAGAAACUCAUCCUUUUUAAGUGGUCUCUUAUUUUUUCCCACAGCUGUGUAUUUGUUUUGUUUUGUUUUUCAAUUUUGCGCUCCAUUUUUGGGCGCACUUGCAACCAAUGCAACGCACAUUAAAUUAUUUUUCUAUUUAUUUAUUUGUUGUUUGUUUGUGGCUUCGGUUUUUUUUUCUUUCUUUUUGUUGGUUCUAGUUCUGGAGGCGCAUGCCCAUGUGGUGCGCAGGACUGUUUAUAUCACACUUGCCAAGUUACAAAAAAACGGGAAAAAAAGGAAACGGGCGGACUUUUCUCGAACAUCGUGGACCUGCGGUAUCUUACACUGCUUCAGGCAUUGAGGAGGAUUAUCACCGACCGUGUUUCCACUGCCUGUAUAAAAAAUAAAACAAAAAAAG